CGCGGCGAGGCAGGACCACGAGGGGUUUCCCGGAGGCGGAGCCGAGGGGUCGCCCCGCCGCGGCGCCCUCUGCCCGGCUCGGCGGCGGGACAGCGGCGAUCACCGCCCGCCAGGCCGGGACUACAUUUCCCGCCGGCCCCCGAGAGCGGUCGGCGGCGGGCGGGGUACAAAGCGGCGCUACCUGGCGCCGCAGGUGAGUGCUGGCAGGCUUGCCCGGGAGCCGCGAUGCCUUUCUCCCAUUCCAGUGCGGAUGAGGCCUUUGACUACCUCUUCAAGAUCAUCUUGAUUGGGGACUCCAAUGUGGGGAAGACCUGUGUGGUGCAUCGCUUCAAGACAGGGCAGUACAAUGAGAAGCAGCAGAACACCAUUGGGGUUGACUUCACCGUGCGUUCACUGGACAUUGAUGGCAAGAAAGUGAAGAUCCAAGUGUGGGAUACAGCUGGUCAAGAACGCUUCCGGACAAUAACCCAGUCUUAUUACAGGAGUGCUCAUGGGGCCAUCCUUGCUUAUGACCUUACUAGGAGGUCCACAUUUGAAUCCAUUCCUCACUGGAUUCAUGAAAUUGAAAAGUAUGGUGCUGCAAACUUGGUCAUGAUGUUAAUUGGGAACAAGUCAGAUUCACUCGACAAGCGCCAAGUCCUGUUUGAAGAUGCCUGCACACUGGCAGAGAAGUAUGGGCUCUUAGCUGUAUUGGAGACAUCAGCAAAAGAAGCCCAAAACAUAGAAGAGGUGUUUCUGUUGAUGGCUAAGGAGCUAAUGGCCCGAAAUACCUUACAGCUUCAAGGAGAGAAUCCUCCAAACAGCAUCUAUCUUGAUUCCAGGCCAGUGAUUGCCAGCUCAAGUGCAGAGAAGACCCAGUGCCUCUGUUGAAGAGAGGUUUCAGGAACAAGAAUUUGGAAGUUGUCAUUUUCCUGUGGCUAUGUGAUUUGGUUUUGUUCAGGUUAUGGAAGCUUGCUCUGUGGCCUCAAGCUAUCUUUCUGAUGCCUCUACCUUGCAGUUUGACCUGUAAGUAUCUCCAGAGAUUGGUGUUGCUGCUGUUAGCACAGGUUGCUUUGAACAUGGCAGCAGAUACUUUAACAUGGACUUCUGAGCUGAGAGGACUUGGGAAGCUGCCAGCCCUUGCCUUAACCAAAGAGGACUGUAAACAUGACGGCCUUAUAGUUAUAUCCUUGAAUGCUUUUCUGGCUGUGCCAGAAGGUAAAUUUUCACCAGAGCUCUGCAUUGAUUUGAGCUCUCUGAGAUGCACAGUUUAUUUUAGUGCAAGCUCUUUAGUCUUCGCCAGCUUUAAAGUGUCAGACUAUGAAUAGUACUAACUCACUGCUGCCUAACCUACCAUUUUGGGGGAGGCCCUGAUGUUGGACAUGUAACCACCCAUCCCAAGGAAUUUAAUACUAAUGCUUGUAAGAGGGUACAUGAAUCCAUCACCUUUGUGUGUAUUCCCUCACCAGAUAGCCUAGAGACAUGCCAAGGGUUUUAUAGCAGGCAGAAUAAUGAUAUGCUAGUGUACCAAAAAUCCUCCUGCUGGGGUGAGGAGAUUUGUCUGUCUCUUUUUUUUCUCUAAUCAUAAGAAUUGUCUCUAGUAAUUAUCUUUCUCUUCCUAUGUAGAUGUACUAGGAGUAGUGAAACUUCCAAGUUCACAGUAAUGGCCUAAAUUAAUGGUGAGGUGAAAGGUUUUUUUUUUUUUUUUAAACCAACCUUGCCUUCUGCUGCUAAGGCUUUUGAUUAAAAUAGUGCAUCAAAAGCUGCUGUAGUUUGUGUGGUGGACCAAUGGCAGCUUAAGAGUAUGCCUCUAGAUUUUUAAGGGGGCGUAAAGGGGGCUCAAACUCCUGUAAAACUUAGCCACGGUUAGGAUGGUUUAGUAAUGUAACCUCAUUGUAGAGGAGUAAGGGAACAGUAAGGGAGAGCUUCCCUUAGAGAAGUACACACACUAUUGCUUUGGAAACUUAACCCAACUGAAUACCUUCGUAUAAGGUUAUAAGGUUUUGUGUUGCUCCUCUCAAACACAAGCUCUGCUGUAGAUGAACUUACUACCCUUCUGUACAGGAACUGCAGAAGUGUUCUUUCAUUUUUUCAGUAGAUGGAAACAAGAAAGUAGAAAAAUAUUACAUAGAGGAAGCUUUUUGACCAUGUUCCCUGUGUACCAGAGUGUAUCACUUAUGCUCUUAAACUAUGAACAGGAAAUCAUACUCUUUAAUGAUAAAAUAGCUUGGUUACAUGCAAAGAAGCCCUGGGAAGACUAGUAAACUGCCCAUUUACCAGCUGGUAAUUUAAUUUACCUGUUUCAUAUCCCUCAAAAGUGGGGGAAAAACAUUUAGCAAAACUGUUUGGGAAAACCAUAUCUGAGAAGCACAAAAAAAUAAAAUAGACUGAGUGAUCAUUGA